AUGGCUGAAGAGAUCAGAAUUGUGCAGCCAAAGGAAUAUUACAAAAGAUUUUUGGAAAAAGAUGUCAGACCAGAUAAUCGAGAGCUCGCAGAGUUUCGACCAGUGGUUUUGAACAUAGGAUGUGUAACAACAGCUGAGGGGUCCGCUCUGAUAAAGAUUGGAAACACAACAGUGAUAUGUGGGGUUAAAGCAGAACUGGCAAAACCAGACGCGGACCAACCAAAAGAUGGAUUUAUAGUGCCUAAUGUUGAGCUGCCUCCCCUAUGUUCAUCCAACUUUCGGCCGGGCCCACCAGGUGAACAAGCACAGGUUCUUAGCCAGACUAUGGCAGAUGUUAUAGCAGAUUCCCAGUGCUUACUCAGUGAAAGUCUGUGCAUAUGUCCUGGCAAGCUGGUCUGGGUUCUGCACAUAGAUCUAGUGUGUUUAGACUAUGAUGGAAAUGUUAUGGAUGCCUGCAUGGUAGCUCUUGUGUCGGCCCUCAGAAACACUGUGUUACCUAAAGUGACAGUUGAUGAAGAGACCGGUGACAUCCAAACUGACCCCACAACCCGCGUACCAUUGCAGGUCACCUGCUGCCCAGUUGCAACUACUUUUAUUGUAUUUGACAACAAACUUUUGCUUGUAGAUCCCACCAGAGAAGAGGAGUCCAUGGCAACAGGGGCAGUUACUAUUGUGACAGAGGGAGACAACUUAUGCAGUAUAUACAAGCCAGGUGGCACCCCGUUGACAGAAAAUCAGAUUGACAACUGCAUUGAGAGAGCUUUCACCCAUGGCAGGGAGGUCUGUCGCCUCAUAGAAGACACAUUACUUUCAGUGGACAGAUAG